AUGCUUGUCCGUGCGAUUGUAUGGGCAACACUUGCCCUGGGCAUAAGCGCAGCCCCUAAGCCGGCCGCCGAAAAUGGCAUCGCGGCCGACGCACUAGAGGGCUAUGCAUUCCUCUACUUUACAAACAGCGAUGAGCAAAUCUACCUCGCUGCCAGCAACGGCAACGACGCCCUCUCCUUUACCGAGCUCAACAAGGGCCAGCCCAUUCUCAGGUCGACGCAGGGCGACAAGGGUCUGCGCGACCCCUUUGUGAUGCGCUCCCACGACGGCUCCGAAUUCUACAUCCUGGCCACGGAUCUCUGCAUCGGCUGCGGCACCAGCUGGGGCGACGCCCAGGCGCGAGGAAGUCUGCACAUGGAGAUCUGGGAGUCGCCGGACCUGGUCACGUUCUCGAGCCAGCGCCACGUCCUGGUGUCUCCCGAGACGUUUGGAAACACCUGGGCCCCCGAGGCCUACUGGGACGCCGACCUGGCCAAGUACGUCGUGUACUGGGCGUCGGGGAUCUACGACGACCCGGAGGGGAACCCUGACCGGAGCCAGCUCACGUACCAGCGCAUGGUGUACGCGACCACGGACGACUUUGGGACCUUUUCGGCGCCGCGCGUGUGGCAGGACGAGCCGCCGCACGGCCGCAUCGACAGCACCGUCGUCCGCGCCGACGACGGCACCUACCACCGCUUCACCAAGGCCACCACCGCCGACGGCUGCGCCGACAUCGUGCAGGAGAGCAGCCGGAACCUGACCGCCGACCUGCCCGCCUGGACCCGCGAGGCGAGCUGCAUCGGCACCAGGGCCGGCACCAAGGAGGUCGAGGGCCCCUGCAUCUUCAGGGCGAACCCGGGCGACGUGCGCGGAGGUGGCCGCUACAUCCUGCUGGUGGACGAGUUUGGCGGCGACGGCUACGUUCCCCUCGAGUCGACCGAUAUAGCCUCGGGCAGCUGGACCCUCAACCGCAACUUUACUUACCCCAAGACCCCGCGGCACGGGACCAUCAUUCCCCUGACCGCCAAGGAGCUGGAGGGUAUCAAGCAGGCAUACGGUGCAUAG